AUGGCUUCAAUAAAUCUUAAUGUUGCACGUUGGACCGCGUUGCCUCUUGGAGUUGUUUAUGGUUUAUGGCAUUCCAAUUCAUUAAAGAAAUCUGCAGUAAAAGAAAGGGCCGCUAUCAAAUAUCGCCAUAAAGAAGAGUUAAUUAAUAAAGCAAAAGCAGCUUAUUAUGCCCCUAAAAAGAUUCAUAUUGAGGGAGCUUCUCAGAUUGGAAUUGAAGUUAGGAAGGAUGCAGAUUUUUCUACAUGGUAUACUCAGGUCCUGAAACGCUCGGAAAUGCUGGAAUAUUAUGAAGAAGUCUCUGGAUGUUAUAUUAUCAGGCCAUUGGCUUAUAAUAUUUGGCAUGAAAUUCAAAGUUUUUUCGAUUCUGCGAUCAAAAAAUUGGGAGUCGAAGAUACUUAUUUUCCAAUGUUUGUUUCGCAACGACAAUUGGAAAGAGAAAAAAAUCAUAUUGAAGGUUUUGCCCCGGAAGUGGCUUGGGUCACUAAAGCAGGAUCUUCUGAUAUGGAAAAUCCCAUCGCUAUCCGUCCUACCUCUGAAACCGUAAUGUAUCCUUAUUUCUCCAAAUGGAUCAGAACACAUCGUGAUUUACCUUUAAAACUCAAUCAAUGGUGUAAUGUUGUUCGUUGGGAAUUCAAAAAACCUCAACCUUUUAUUAGAACUCGUGAAUUUUUAUGGCAAGAGGGUCAUACUGCUCACUUCACCAAAGAAGAAGCUGAUACAGAAGUUCGUCAGAUACUUGAACUUUAUCGACAAGUAUAUGAGGAUUUACUGGCUGUCCCUGUUAUCAAAGGUGUCAAAUCUGAGAAAGAAAAAUUUGCCGGUGGACUUUACACUACCACUAUUGAAGGCUUUAUUCCAACUACAGGACGUGGAAUUCAGGCAGCAACAUCUCACUGCUUGGGUCAAAAUUUUGCUAAAAUGUUCGAUAUUGUAGUUGAAGAUCCUAGUGCUUUAGCGAGCUCAGAAGGCAAAGAAGCAAAGAAACUUCAUGUAUGGCAAAAUUCUUGGGGUUUAACGACUCGAAGCAUUGGUGUAAUGGUCAUGAUUCAUGGUGAUGAUAAAGGUUUGGUGUUGCCUCCACGGGUCGCCUCUAUUCAAGUAAUUGUUAUUCCUUGCGGUUUAACUGUAAAGACAUCUGAAGAGGAAAAAAAACGCGUAGAAGAAAAAAUCAAUGAUGUAGUGAAAGAAUUAAAUUCUGUUGGCAUAAAAGCGAAAUCCGAUCUCAGGGACACCUAUACCCCAGGAUACAAGUUUAAUCACUGGGAAUUGAGGGGUGUGCCUCUUCGAUUAGAGAUUGGUCCUCGCGAUUUAACCAACAAUCAAACUCUUUCUGUUCGCCGCGAUAAUGGUGUUAAAGAGCCAGUUCCAUUGGAUAAACUUACAACUUGUGUUUCCGACAUACUUAAUACUAUCCAAAAGGACAUGUUUGAAAGAGCGAAAAAAGUAUACGAUGAGCAUGUUAAAGUUAUACAAAAAUGGGAUGAAUUUGUUCCAGCUCUCGAUGGCAAAAAUUUUGUACUUGUUCCAUGGUGCGAACAAGAACAUUGUGAAGAUAAAAUCAAAGAAAAAAGUUCAAGAAGGCAACCUGAAGACGAUAAAGCUCCAUCGAUGGGUGCUAAAUCACUCUGUAUUCCAUUUGAACAACCAACAGAACCUGCUAUCGUGCCUGGCGAAACAAAAUGUAUAUCCUGUGACGCAUUUGCUAAAAGAUAUGCAUUAUUUGGUAGAAGUUAUUAA